AUGAUAGUCACUCCACCCCUGCGAGACAGAUACUCUGUUAUCCGUAUCUCCUGCGUGGUGCUAGCAAGCCUCAGGGUGGUAAGUAACCUGCCCAAAGUCCCAGAGCUCAGAAAGGCAAACUGGGUUCAAACGCAGUCUUUCCAGAUCUUUCUGUCGCAUGCGGACACUGCAACUGUGACGAUGGAGGCUCUCCCCAAAGCCCUGGAGGUCGACGAGAAGUCUCCUGAAUCCAAGGACCUGCUGCCCAGCCAGACUGCCAGCUCCCUGUGCAUCAGCUCCAGAAGUGAGUCUGUCUGGACCGAAGCCCCCAGGAGUAACUGGGAGAUCUACCGCAAGCCCAUCAUCAUCAUGUCCGUGGGCGGCGCCAUCCUCCUCUUCGGCGUGGCCAUCACCUGCUUGGCCUACACCCUGACUCUGGGUGUUAUGAGCCUUAAGGUCCUUAAGAUGACAGGGCCUGCGUUCCUGUCCCUGGGACUCAUGAUGAUGGUGUGCGGGCUGGUGUGGGUGCCCAUCAUCAAGAAGAAACAGAAGCAGAGGCAGAAGUCCAUGUUCUUCCAGAGCAUCCGGUCCUUCUUCUUAAAUCGCUGAUGGUGGCCUCUCCUGCUGGCCUCCCCUCGUCCUGCACCUCAACCAGGAGGAGGAGAUCUGAUGACCAACAUCCAACAGCCCAUCGCCUUGGUGGUGGGGUUUGCCAUAAAGUGAUCCAGGCAAGCCCACUUCCAGGAUAUGAGGGAAAGAGAGAGCUCGGGACUCCACCCUCCAUGUAGUGAGGGCGCAUUGCUGGAUGCAUCCAUUUAGUGUCUUAUCACCGAUGCUCCCCUAGAUCCUGCCCGCAGCCAUCCCCUUUCAUGGCUCCCAUUCCCUGUCAUGCAUUCAGGAGUCACUCAGCUAACUCCCUCUGCCAAGUGCUAUGCAUGUUGGGAAAUUCCUUGGGGUGGGCUAUGCCCCAAGGAGAGCCUCAUGUUUACAGAGCUGAGUGCCUGAGCUAGAUUCACAUUUGCAUCCUUCUAGAACCAAACUGACCAACAGUGGUCCUUCAGAGAGGGGAGAGGGGGCUGACUUCUGACCCCUGGGUUUGCCAGCCCGGCUCAUAGGUGAGAUAUUGACUUGCAUUUCAAGAGACCAGACAAGUCACAAGUAUCAAACAUUCCAAAGAGUGAACUGUGAAGGAGCUGGGGAAGCCAUGACCCCCUGGACAAGCUGGGUCAGCCAGCCGAGGAAGUUAAGUCUCAGCUACACAGUAUUCACAGAGUCGGUGGGGUGUGCUAGGGGUGUCACAGUUUCUCCUUGACCUUCUAACUCCUUCUCCUUGACGACUCUCCCCUCUGAGCUUGGCAACUAGCCAAGGACAAGUGCAUGUGGCCCUAACAUCCUCUUUGUCUCUACCCUUGAUUCUAGAACAGCAACGAUGAGCUUCGGGGGGAUUCUAUAAGAUUGCUCUCUCCUUCACCGCCAUUUAGAAUCAAAACUAAGAGGAUAGAAUUCCACAUUUGAAUGGUCUGUAGGUUUCCAGAGACGGAAUUCAGUUUCAAAAAUCUGUCUCCCUGCCCCCACCCACCAAACAAGCAAACAUAUAUUAUGGGUCAGGCCCUGGGCUGGGAGCAGACAGACACGUUCCUGCUCUAGUCUUCUUCCCAAAAUGUGAGAUACAGCCCGGCCAGCAGGCACUGCAAUACCCUGGGCUGCGUACUUGAUGGAGAAAGGUGGGUGGGUGUGGCAGCAGGAGGGGGCAUCUAACCCAGACUGGAGUCCCCAUCAUUCAAUAUGGGAACAAAAGGAGAAUGAGAGCUAGCAAAGAGGAGGAAGGAGCAGCAUCUAGGGCAGCAGGAACUGUCUUUGUAAGCUGGAUGGGGGCGGGAGCAUGAGAACAUUUAGGAAACUGCAUAGAAACUCUUCUAACCUCCCAAAUGUUGCACUUCGCCCCUCCUUGUGGCUGCUUCUCCCCCCAAGUGCCUCAGGACAGCUUCUCCUGGGGCACACCGAGGGCCUCCGGGGUGUGUGGGAGACUGGAAGGGGGUCUCCUGAGGGCCUGCCAAACAGACAGCACCCACUUGGAAGGUGCUCCCAAGGCCAGAGACCCUCAGGUGACAGACGAGGAGGGGUACCUGAGACAGGUUGCCACCACGCCGCCCUAGGUCAGGCCCCGGCCAGUGGAGAGCACUGAUAAGGAGCUGGGAGGAAAACGUGUCCUGCCCUGCACUCAGCCUGGGCUUGAGCUGACUCCCUUCACUCCUUAGUCUUCUGGCCUCCUGGUCACCAUGGCAACCUUUCUCUCAACAGCCCUCCAGGCAUCUCUACCUGGUUCCCUCUGCAUCAUGGGAAAUUCCAUGAAGGCAGGUACCUGUGACAUGAGGUCAUCCCAUACCCUUCCUACAAGGAGCCAGAGUUUAGGGAGCUGGUGGCCUUUGAGCUUCACCCAGAAUGGUCAUGUCCUUCAUUCAGUGUGGCUGAGUCCUUUAGCCCAUCUGCCCCUGCAAACAGGGGGUCAGGAUCAACCCUGGGGUGUUGCAAGUGCUAUGUCACUAACUGUAGUUCCGGUGCCCCCAGUGACCGGCUUGCAGAUCAUUUCCUUUCUCUGCCGUGAAGGCAGGUUCAGUAGUGGCCCUGUCAUGUCAUUCCUACAUUCCUUGAUGCUUUCUCGCAGGGGAGCAAAUGCGGUGGUGGUCUCCCAGGUCUCCCAGUUAGCUCAACGGAAAUCCACACUCCCUGUGUCUUGACUCAUCUGCCCGAAAGCUGGUCGUCUGGGCAGAGGUGUGGGAGGAGGCCCCAGGAUGUCACUACCACCAUGUCUUAGUGGAAGGAAGUUUGGGGACAGCCAGGACUCUAGAAAGUGUCCAAGCUCUGGACUCCCCUGCAGUCUGCAGCGAUACUUGCCCACAUUCCCUGCUCCUCAAGCUAGUUUUUCAGACAGGAAAGCUCCGAGGACAGCUCCCCAAGCGUCCUGCAACCCCCUUGAGGUUCCCUAUACGGCUGUGGGCCUAGGAGCACGCCAGCGUCACACUAAAGGGUUUUGCCAAAGCCUCACCCGUGGAAGCCUGAGGUAUGGGUGUGCCUGGCCUGUGAACGCAGCCCAGGUCAGAUGCCCUGUCUCUGACCAAAGCUCCACCACAUGACCGCGUUCAUGCCCGCGGGUCGGGAAGGGCCAGCAUCCCCGAGCUCAGCCAGCUGGAUUGCAUUAUCCCCCAUCGCUCUUCUCCCCGGAGAGUGCAAUUGAAUCUGAGGCCUAAAGGAAUUGAUGUCAUGUUGAAUUGUAUUCAACAUGCUCCUUACCAGUGAAUUCUACUUCUUCUAUUUAACAGUGCCUGCUGUUUCAUUCUGCUCCACCAGAAUUCCUGGGACUGGGUCCACUCAUUCAUUCCUCUAAGCUGCCCCUCUCAUCACCACAUGUCCGCUCCCCAACCCGGGAGCUGCCCAGGAGAAAAGGGGCAGGGUGGGUUUCAUGCAUGGUUCCUCGGGGCCUCACAGGAGCUGAUGACCCUACUCUCCAUCCCAUCCGUCCAGUAGGGAGGCCACAAUAGAGGCAGAAAAGGCAGCUUCCGAAUGAGUCAGUGGUCCAGGGUGGGGCAGGCAGCACCUGGGCCAGCCUGUCAUUGUCCCGGGGAACAAGCACAAGGGUGGCAGUUCAGCUCUCGGGCUCCUCAUGGCCUCCUCCUUCCUCCUAAGCCCCUCUUUCUCCCAGCCCAGCCUCUCUGCCCCUCUAGGUCUGCAUCCUGACUCUCUUCACUGGGCUCCCACCAGAUUCCUCGUGUCCUUGACUUUCUGCUUGUCCCAGCUUGCCCUGUCCUCUGAGGGAAAA